AUGUUCGUUGAGAUAUCGGCGGCUUUUCGUGACGGGAAACUGGCAGAGUCCUUGAUUUUCGUAGUCAGAGACACUCCGGAUUGGGAUCAAGAGGAAGCGUUUUUGGAGCGUGUUUGGGCGGAAAACGAGAAUUCAUCGGAUUUACGAGAAAUCUCUUUGUCUCUUCGUCGCCAUUUCUCCAAAAUCGAGUGUUUCUGCACGCCGAGAGCUUCAGAUAAUGUUCGUUUCGCGAAUCAAUUUUUAGAAGUUCGAGAACAAGAUUUCGCCUUGCUCAGCUGCUUAGCCCGGAUCAAGUACUCGGUGAUCGAAAAGUGCAAGAAUUUUCAGGGAAAAGAAAUUGAAGACAAAAUCGGUUUGGCUCAGAAAAUUGUCGACUAUCUUCAAUACGAGGCACCCGAGUUGAAAACGACUGUGGUGCUGAGCAAAGAAGCAACGGUGGCCGUGGCGAUGAACAAGUGCAGCGAAAUCUUUCGAAAAGCUUUGAAAAACAGCUCUCCAGAAACGUUGCAAAUCGCGGAAACGAUGGCUCGGAAAGAGAUCGAUCAGCGUUUAAACGAGUUAUUGAAAGCUGGGAAUAUUCCUGAAGCCAAAAACCUUUUAGAGGCACAGAUACAGGAAAUUUUAUCCGAAAAGCGGCUUGACUUCAAAAACGUCGAAAAUGAUAAGGAAAUCCGGAGGAAAAGCGACGAGUUUUGCGCAAAAUUGAGAACAAAUAUACAAAAGCUUUCCAAGCUUGACGAAGCUCUUGAAAUGAAAAAAACGGGAAGGGUACAAGAAGAGAUUGCCGAGGCAGGGGUCGAGCUUCUCGAGACAUCGAUACAAACGCUUGAGAAUUUCCUUCAAAACCGGAUCACCUAUUUGAAAGCCCAAUUCGUGCAGACAACCCUGAAUGAGAUGAACAGCGAAAUGAGGGAAACACUCGCAAAGAUCGAACUCCAAACAAUUCCCGAGCAAAAAUGGCUAGAAAGUCAAGUUGACUCGAGAAUGAAAGCUUUUGAAGAAAACUGUUUUCGACAUGAGAUUUGUAAUGAUGAAUGGGAAAAAGUCAAGCCAGAGGCAACGAGAAUGUUUAUGACAACAGCCAGCAAUGCCCUUGUGAUCAUCAAAAUGAAAAUUGAGGCUAAAGAAGAAGAAAUGGCACUUCAAAGAGAGAUCGAAGUGAGAAAAGAUGAGAUCGAGAGGGAAAAGACGAGGAAAUUGGAGGAAUCUGCAUUGAAAGCCAUGCAAGAGGAACGCAAAAAUCAAUCCAUUGAAUCGAAAGUUUCAGACGAUCAACCAACUAUUUCUUCAAGUCCAGACUACAAGGCUGCCGAAAGACUGGUGAAAGAUGAACUAAAAGUGUUCGAAAUGGUGGUAAAGAGAACAUCGAUCGAUCGAAGCGCCUUUCUAAAGCGGGAAAUGAAUCAAACUUUGAAAAAUCUCAUUUCGAAAUACAAAAAACAACAACUUCCCGAAAGCGAUCUGAGGAAAUUCAAGGAUUUAUUGAUCACAAAUGGGCGGAGAUUUGUGAGGGAAAAUUUCCGGAUCGAGUUGACUGCAAAUGAGAUUGAGAAUCCAAUCGAGAGAGUCAUUUCAUUCACUGAAGAGGAGAGAAAUGUUUUGAAAAAUAAAGCUGAAAAACCAAGAGGAUGGAACAUGAGGAAAGAGCUCGACUGCCAGGUAGUUCAACGGGAAUUCUCACAUCAACAAUGGCAGGACUUCGAAAAAGUCACCAAUUUGAAUCUUGCCACUUUGGAGAUUCUGAUCCAGAACUCGAACUCGAGGCGAACGUUUUUCCUUCAAACUUUGGUGAAAAAUGACUACUAUGGAGAAUUGACGAAUGUGCUCAAUCGGAGUCUCGCAGAAGGGUGGAUGAUGUUCUUCAGGAAAGUGCCGAGGAACGAUUUGUGUUUCGAGGAGAUGCAAGAUUUCGCCUACAAAGUCGUCCAUCGGUUGUCGAUUCAAUUCCAUUAUCCGUCAUUGAUGCAAUAUUUGGAUGAGAACUUUCAAAGAUCUGUGCGUCAUCAUCAGAAUGUCUCAUUUCAACAUGGUCAACAGGCAUCAAGGCCCAAACCCAGCUCAACCUCAGCUUCAGAAAUUCUCUUAUGUUUGAGGAAU